CGGCAAAGAAAGCUGAGGGGGGAGAGGAUUCCUCCCCUUUCUUUCCGCAUUCCCCCUUAAGACGAACCAGGAAGCAACUGCAGUAAUCGGGCCACCUUAACAGUAGAGUAAUGGUUUGGCCUCGUGCCAAGUCCCACCUCUGUUCCAGCUCCCGCUCCUCCCCUCUCUCUUCCCGCACUGCCUGGGGAGAGCUGGUGAGCAGGAGUCUGGCCCGAGUUAGCUGGAGCUGUUGCCAUGACAAGCAUUUUCUUAAGAAAGCUCCGCUGUUGAGAUCGUCCAAAGCUGGGGGCUGGGAGGGGGGCACGAACUUCCUGGGAAACCGUCCCUCCGAAGAGAGCAAGAUCAGAGACACCCGCGUAGCUCCCCUGCACCCGUUUUCUUUCAGGAAUCUGAGAGGUCCUUCCCAUUGGAAGGGCAGGGGGAGGAGACCCAGCCCACUCCCCGGCCUCAGCCGGAAAGGCAAGAGGGCAAAGCCAGCAUCUCUCGCUUGGUUGCCACACUGGGGAGACUGGUGGUGGUCACCCCACCCUACCCCCAUCCAUGGAAACCUGGAGGGAGAGUCCCGCUUGGAGAAACCUGGAUCUUUGCUAGAAAGAGAGAGAUCCAGUUGUCAUUGGUAUCCAGGAAGCUCUCCUCUUCCUCCUCCUGACGCCUCUCUACUACUACAGUUGCUGGUUGUUGCUAAGGUUGCUGCCAUGGUAACAUGCACAUCCUGUUUACACCUUCAUCUGGGCAAGUUGGUCUAAGCUAGGAACCUACCUACCCUGGACAACCACUUCCAUCACCACCUGGGGACACCAAUCAUCGUGACACGGAGUUCGCCUUCCACUCAGUUCCCCCAGCUUCUUCCUCCUCUCGCUGCCAGACUUCAUACAGAAGAAAGGAUCUAGGCUUGGGACUGCUACUUGGAAGCUUAUUGCACAAGAUAUAUUCGAUCUGUUCCCUCACUGGGCCCCCAGAGAAGCAGGAAGUAGAAAGAAGUUGGGACAGGAAGGCAGGAGACACUGGUCAGUUGAAGGGAAACGCUACAUCUUCUCUGGCUGAGGGGCUUGGUAACGGCAGGCAAAAUGACGAACCCAUCAGACCGUGUCUUGCCGGCCAACUCAACGGCCGAGAGCCACGAAGGGGACUUUGGCUGCACAGUAAUGGAACUGAGGAAGCUCAUGGAGCUGCGUUCAAGGGAUGCACUGACCCAGAUUAAUGUCCACUAUGGAGGUGUACAGAAUCUCUGCAGUAGACUGAAAACCUCCCCUGUGGAAGGUCUAUCUGGGAACCCUGCGGAUCUGGAGAAACGCAGGCAGGUGUUUGGACACAACGUGAUCCCUCCCAAAAAACCCAAGACCUUCUUAGAAUUAGUGUGGGAAGCCCUUCAAGAUGUCACACUCAUCAUCCUGGAGAUUGCAGCCAUCAUCUCCCUGGUCCUGUCCUUUUAUCGCCCAGCUGGUGACGAAAAUGAACUGUGUGGUCAAGCCGCAACUGCCCCAGAAGAUGAAAAUGAAGCACAAGCCGGCUGGAUUGAGGGGGCAGCCAUACUUUUCUCAGUGAUCAUCGUGGUGUUAGUGACUGCCUUUAAUGAUUGGAGCAAAGAGAAGCAAUUCCGAGGGCUGCAGAGCCGCAUUGAACAGGAGCAAAAGUUCUCCAUCAUUCGAAAUGGUCAACUCAUCCAGCUUCCUGUGGCUGAGAUUGUGGUGGGUGACAUUGCCCAAGUCAAAUACGGUGAUCUGCUGCCUGCAGAUGGGGUCCUGAUCCAAGGGAAUGAUCUGAAGAUUGACGAGAGCUCUCUGACGGGGGAAUCCGACCAUGUCAAGAAGUCCCUGGAGAAAGACCCCAUGUUGCUCUCAGGGACCCAUGUCAUGGAAGGUUCUGGCCGGAUGGUGGUGACUGCUGUGGGUAUCAACUCUCAGACUGGAAUCAUCCUUACUCUCUUGGGGGUCAAUGAGGAUGACGAAGGGGAGAAGAAGAAGAAAGGUAAAAAACAAGGAGUCCCUGAAAAUCGCAACAAAGCAAAGACCCAGGACGGAGUGGCCCUGGAAAUCCAGCCACUCAACAGCCAGGAGGGAACCGACAAUGAGGAAAAGGAAAAGAAGGCAGUCAAAGUACCUAAAAAGGAGAAGUCAGUGCUCCAGGGCAAGCUGACUCGCCUGGCAGUUCAGAUUGGGAAAGCAGGUCUGAUCAUGUCUGCUCUCACGGUUUUCAUCCUGAUUCUAUACUUUGUGAUUGACAACUUUGUGAUAAAUCGCAGACCAUGGCUCCCUGAAUGUACUCCCAUCUACAUCCAGUACUUUGUCAAGUUCUUCAUCAUCGGCGUCACUGUACUGGUGGUGGCUGUGCCAGAGGGGCUGCCUCUGGCUGUCACCAUCUCACUGGCCUACUCUGUGAAGAAAAUGAUGAAAGACAAUAACCUGGUACGGCACUUGGAUGCUUGUGAGACUAUGGGCAAUGCCACCGCCAUCUGCUCUGAUAAGACAGGCACGUUGACCAUGAACCGCAUGACUGUGGUGCAAGCUUAUAUUGGGGGUAUCCAUUACCGUCAGAUCCCAAGCCCUGAUGCCUUCCUGCCCAAAGUCCUGGACCUUAUUGUCAAUGGCAUUUCUAUCAACAGCGCUUAUACCUCCAAGAUUCUGCCUCCAGAGAAGGAAGGAGGCCUGCCUCGGCAGGUGGGCAACAAGACCGAGUGUGCUCUGCUGGGCUUUGUCACAGAUCUGAAGCAGGAUUACCAGGCCGUGCGUAACGAAGUGCCUGAGGAGAAGCUCUACAAGGUGUACACCUUCAACUCAGUGCGCAAGUCAAUGAGUACUGUCAUCAGGAACCCCAAUGGUGGCUUCCGUAUGUACAGCAAGGGCGCCUCCGAGAUCAUCUUGCGCAAGUGUAAUCGAAUCCUGGACCGGAAAGGGGAAGCAGUGCCAUUCAAGAAUAAAGACCGAGAUGAUAUGAUACGCACUGUCAUCGAGCCCAUGGCCUCUGAUGGACUCCGGACUAUCUGCAUAGCUUACCGGGAUUUCGACGACGCAGAGCCCUCUUGGGACAAUGAGAAUGAGAUCCUCACCGAAUUGACCUGUAUCGCAGUGGUGGGCAUUGAGGACCCUGUGCGCCCAGAGGUGCCAGAUGCUAUUGCCAAAUGCAAACAAGCUGGCAUUACUGUCAGAAUGGUGACAGGUGACAACAUCAACACAGCCCGGGCCAUCGCCACCAAGUGUGGCAUUCUGACACCUGGGGAUGACUUCCUGUGCUUAGAAGGCAAAGAAUUCAACCGGCUCAUCCGCAAUGAGAAAGGCGAGGUAGAGCAAGAAAAGCUGGACAAGAUCUGGCCUAAACUUCGGGUCCUGGCGCGAUCUUCUCCCACUGACAAGCACACCCUGGUGAAAGGCAUCAUUGACAGCACUGUUGGGGAACACCGGCAGGUGGUGGCUGUCACUGGUGAUGGCACAAAUGAUGGGCCUGCUCUGAAGAAAGCGGACGUUGGUUUUGCCAUGGGCAUCGCAGGCACAGAUGUAGCAAAAGAGGCUUCAGACAUCAUCCUAACAGACGACAACUUCACCAGCAUUGUGAAGGCAGUGAUGUGGGGACGAAAUGUCUAUGACAGCAUCUCCAAGUUCCUGCAGUUCCAGCUCACUGUCAACGUGGUGGCCGUGAUUGUAGCCUUCACUGGAGCCUGUAUCACUCAGGAUUCCCCAUUGAAAGCGGUGCAGAUGCUGUGGGUGAAUCUAAUCAUGGACACAUUUGCUUCGCUGGCCCUGGCCACGGAGCCCCCUACGGAAUCCCUGUUGAAGCGGCGCCCCUACGGCCGAAAUAAGCCUCUGAUCUCACGCACUAUGAUGAAGAACAUCUUGGGCCAUGCGUUCUAUCAGCUCAUUGUCAUCUUUAUCCUUGUCUUUGCAGGUGAGAAAUUCUUUGAUAUUGAUAGUGGGAGGAAGGCACCUCUACAUUCACCACCCACCCAGCACUAUACAAUUGUUUUCAACACCUUCGUGCUGAUGCAGCUCUUCAAUGAAAUCAACUCCCGAAAGAUCCAUGGAGAGAAGAACGUCUUUUCAGGCAUCUACCGCAACGUCAUCUUCUGCAGUGUAGUCUUGGGCACGUUCAUCUGCCAGAUUUUCAUCGUGGAAUUUGGGGGUAAACCCUUCAGUUGUACAAGGCUCAGCCUGUCCCAGUGGUUGUGGUGUCUCUUCAUUGGAAUUGGAGAACUUCUGUGGGGCCAGAUCAUCUCUGCAAUACCUACCCGAUCCCUGAAGUUCCUGAAGGAGGCUGGGCAUGGCACCACCAAAGAGGAGAUCACCAAGGAUGCCGAGGGGCUGGAUGAGAUUGACCAUGCCGAGAUGGAGCUGCGCCGAGGCCAGAUCCUCUGGUUCCGGGGCCUGAACCGUAUCCAGACUCAGAUCGACGUAAUUAACACAUUCCAGACGGGAGCCUCUUUUAAGGGAGUCCUAAGGCGACAGAACAUGGGUCAACACCUUGAUGUAAAACUUGUUCCUAGUUCAUCCUAUGUAGCAGUUGAACCAGUCAAAUCCCCCACCACUUCUGUUCCUGCUGUUUCAUCUCCUCCUAUGGGCAAUCAAAGUGGUCAAAGCGUUCCAUAGUUCUCUCCACGAAAGCAUUCAGAAACCCUACAGCCAAAACUCCAUCCACAACUUCAUGACCCACCCUGAAUUUGCCAUAGAUGAGGAGUUGCCACGAACACCACUCCUGGAUGAGGAAGAGGAAGAAAAUCCUGACAAGGCUUCUAACUUUGGGACUAGGGUGCUCCUGUUGGAUGGUGAGGUCACUCCAUAUGCCAACACAAACAACAACGCGGUGGAUUGCAACCAAGCGCAGAUCUCCCACGCAGACAGCCCUCUACAGAGCCUAGAGACAUCAGUGUGAAUUUCCUUUCUCUGACUCUCAUUCCUAUUUUCCCUAUUUUCUUUUUCGUCUGUCCCAUCUAUAAGGUGAUGAUGGGACUUUUCAUUGUCAUGUCACCUGCUGUGUUAACAGCAGUAUGUGUGAACCCCCACCUGACCGUGAAGAGGCAAGAGCACAGACCUACAAGGAUUUCAACUUAAGCUUGACUUGGGGUUUGUAGCAGGACCCAGUCAAACCCCAGGCAGGUAAUGGUAGAAUCUGCUCCUUGGUAGUCAGUUGUCAUUUGUAAAGAAAUGAUGACAAUCCUCUUGACAUCACCCACCCACCUUCUCCCCUGAUGUUCAUCUCCUGAAUUCUGGAUUUUGUCCUUUAAGUCUGUGCCAUUUAUAAGCUAAGUUAAGGGUUCAGAGGGAGACAAAUAUCCCCAAGUGGACUACAUUGAGACAGAGAUGGAAUAUAUAAAAUCAGCCAGUAGUGUG